AUGGUGGCGCUGGCAGCGCAAGCCUUUUACGACUACCACCAGCCCCGCGUGCCCAGCAAACGCCGGCACUUGGAGCUGCGGAAGGACCUGGUGGGCCUCACCAAGGAUAUCUCGGUUGACGGCAAGGUGCGGAAUUGGCAGGACGUACUGGUUAUUCUGUCAGCGCUCCCUUCCCUGCAGCUGCAGGCUGACGAGGUCAUUUUCGGUGCUGCCUUGGGACGGCUUGCGAAGGAGAGGCAGUGGCAGUACGCUUUGUCCACCCUGGACUUCAUGAUCACUGGAGGUUUGCAGGCCAAUCUGAUCACCUGCAGCGCCACCGUGGGUGCCUGCGCCAAAGGCCUCAAGUGGUUCCGCGCCUGCGGCCUGCUGUCGCAGAUGCGGCGACUUCGGAUCCAGCCCAACACCGUGGCCUUCGACACGGCCAUCACCGCGUGCGGGGGCCGCAGUGGCAGCUGGGAGAAUGCGGCCGCGGUCUUUGGUGAGCUUCGGGUGCUGGGGCUGCCGCCUUUCAGCAUGUCCUACAACUCAGCCAUCAGCUCCUUCGAGUACCGCCAGAAGUGGCAAAGAGGUUUGGACUUCCUGCAGGACCUCGUUGGCCAGCGAGGCCCUCGCCAGCGCAAGGCGAACGUGGUGUCCUUCAACGCGGCGCUGAGCUGCUGCCGCCGGGUGUCCCAGUGGCAGCAGGGCCUUUGCUUGCUGAAAGCCAUUCCUCGAGAGGCCGCACAGCAGCGUGACGAGGAGCUGGCGCCGGAUGAAGUGACCUACGGCACGGCUGUCAGCGCCUGUGACCACGGCUGGGUGUGGCGCUGGGCGGUGCAGCUCCUGCAAGCGGCGGCCUGCCAGGGGCUGAAGCCCUCCCUGCAGACCAGCAACGCUGCCAUCAGCGCCUGCGGGAAGGGCCAAGAGUGGCAAUUCUGCCUGGACGUGCUGCGCGACAUGUCCGGCGCCUACGUUGCACCCAGCAAGUUGAGCUACACCAGCGCCCUGGGCGCCUGUGCUGGGACGGACACCUCAAGAGGUCGCGUGGUGCUUCAGCUGCUGCUGGAGAUGGCCCAGCACGGUCUCCAGCCCAACGCCCUAGCCUUCGGCAUCGCCGUGGACGCCUGCGAGGCGGCGGGCUUCAGCGGGUUGGCCCCCGCGCUGCUGCAGCGCGCCGCCUCGAGUGGCCAAAGAUCUGCGCGCGCGGCCAAGGAGUCCUUCGAGGUGGAAGACAAGCACGGCGACCACUCUGGUGUGGCCAUCGUGGCGGCGGACGCCAUCGCGUGGCACGGGGCCCUUGGGGAACCGCUGUGGCUCGAGCUGCACCGCAGGCUGUGCCUCCCUUCGCUGGCCAGGAAAGCAACCUACAAGAAGUUGCCAUUACCUUUUGCCUGGGGUCGAACGCACUCCCCGCGUAUCGUGUCGCCAUGGCGCCGAAUGGCUGAUGAGUGCCUCCGCCAGGAGUUGCAGGAGGCGGAGGCGGAGCUGCAGAGUUGCCGGUCCCAGUUGAGCUUCGCGCGGCAGGGGUCCAGGCACCACACGCUGCGCGCCCAGCGACUGGAGCUGGAGCUCCACGCGGAGCAGCGCAGCCUGAACCUCCAAGAGCUCGAAGGCAAUGCUGGUUGCUUGCCGGAGUCUGUGGUGGAGGACCUCGGCACAGCGGAGAUGCUUUGUGCACAGGCGCGCUGCUCAGCGCAGGAUGGCCAAGUCAUCCGGGCGAAGGCAGUGGAGACGGCACGCAUCCUGUUGCAAGCGCAUGCGGUGCUGGCGGGCGGCCGUGCUGCCUGGGAUGCCGACAGCUGCCGAGAGCUCCUCGAGGAUGCUUGCGCCACGCGGAACUCCUUGCACUUCGAGCAGAACCUGGCGGCCGAGCUGCGUGCCAGGCUGAGCAGCGAGGCCUCCGCGGCCCAGGCCGCUUUGAGCGAAUACGCGCGGCUCCGGGGCCGUCGGAGUGUGCUGCGAAAAGAGGCGCUUGCAGACACCCGGCUCCAGGACGAGCCACUCUGCGAAGCCAACGCACAUACAGCGCAGUUGCUGGAUGAGGCAGAAGUGCUUCAGAAUCAGCUGGAGCUGGCUUUGGGCCAUGACCUUUGGCGUCGCAUGCGGAAGCCGGAGCCGAAGGAACCGAAGGAGACGAAGGAGAAUGACAAGGUCUUGGACGGCCCAGCAGGCACACGUCCAGAAGAGGACGCAACCGAUCAAGCCGGCCAUUCUGAUGGGGCCGCGACUGCCGAGGUGUUUGCGCCUGCUGAGGCGCCGGGAUCCCGUGCCGGAAGCAACGCUGGCAGCUGCGCUGGGAGCGUGGCUGAAACCGUGCCAGCGGCUCGUGCAUCGCAGGUGUCCCUGCCGGGCGUUGCACCACGAGAGGCCUCGGCCCUGCGCACUGCGCAGGGCCAAGAACUACAGGAGCUGCAGGCGUCGGAGCCGGAGCCGGCUCCACGGGGCUGGCGCGCCAGCCGCGCCCGCUCCAGCGGGGAGGCGCUGAGCAGCGAAGAGAUCGACGCAAUGCUGGAUGUGGAGUCCAAGGUCCGGAGGACUUCGCACACCAGCGAGCUGCACACCGAGGUGGCGGAGCGGACGCGACGAACGCCUGCAGAGCUCAGAUCCAUGGAGACGCAGACGGAAGAGCUCCGCCGCGCUAGCGUGCGACCGAAGCCUGUGACGGAGCAGUCGGUUCAGGCCUGCUUAGAGCCCAGCCGCGUGUCGGUGGCAGUGGCCACGGAUGCGGAGGUCUUGGAGACACCGCGCAACUUGCGGAGCUCGCAGUCGCCAUCCCUGGCCUUAGCUGCCACCAGCGUGGGGACCAGUGAGGUCGGAACCUUGGAGGAUGCGAGCCCUUUGGAUGCCACACCUCGAACCCUCGACCUGACAGAGGCCUCCAAGGCUGUCGCCCAGGCCGAGACGCCACGCGGUGCGCGCUCGGGUGCUAGCGCCGCCAGCCGCGGCGCGCGCCUGGCGAAAGCGAAAGCGCCGCGCACGCCACCCCCGCAGGACAAGGCUCGCCCGCCGAGCCCUGGCCCCAGCAACUCCCUGGCGCGGGCAGAGCGGUCCAGGCCGAGCCCGGAGGCGAGCCCUGAGGUCACCCCGAGCUCCAAACGCGCAUUGGCAUCACCGCGGCCCUUCCGGCCGACGAGCCCCAGCCCGCGGCUCAUCACCAAGCACCCCCCGACGGCCGUGCGAGCACUGCCGCAACCGCAGGGCCGGCCAGUGCCCUUCUGGGCCAAAAGCGACUCCCUCAGCUCUACCAUCUCUAAGCGAUCUGCAUCAACAUCCCCACGCUGGUAA